UUGAACAGCUGUUUGCACUGUUUUUACAGAUUGAGGCAGAUCGGUUAAACACGUGGGGAGGAGAUCAGUAAAGCGAUUGAAAACAUUCAAACAGCUUUGUUCCUAGCGGGGCAGCAUUGGGGACCUUAAAAUACUGUGUAGCAUUUGGUGUCUCGUCGAAAUGCCAGUUCGGUUUCGGUCUGUUGUUUCCUACACGAUGCCUGGAGUGCUUGUGCUUAUUGGCUGGUGGUGGUACACCUCGAGGAAGAAAGAGCGACCCGUCGGACAGAAAAGCCCCGAGGUCUCUUCAACUUCUGUGAGCUUUAAAGACUCUCAUCAAGAUUGCAACAACGGUUUGCUAUAUGAAGAGGAAAGCCCAGCCUUCACAAAUCACAGCAAGGAGAACUCAGAGAAUGAAAUUAUUUCCCAGACGCCUCCCCAAGAUCCUGAAGCGAUAUCCUUACUGGAACAAACGUGCAAUGAUGUUCGUUUCUGCGGCAGAACGAUACACGAGGAAGCAGACCGACCAUCAAACAUAAUUACACCAACAUUUAGAGACAGUGAUUUGGUAGAGGAAUCAAUGAAACCCCUCAAAGGCCCCAAAUAUGACACGACCCCUGACUUUUUUGGCGAGUUGGAGAAAUGCCCAGCCACAGACUUGGAUCUUCUUCCAGAAGACUCGGUAGAGGAAGUUGCUUUGUUGUCCAAUGAGUCCAAAGACCCCAGAUUUUCUCCCAUGGCAAUAAAUCUUUCGGAUGCGGAGCGGCCAGAGCCAGAGGGUGAAGUUGCAACGCAUCACAGUGCUGUAAUUUCACAAGAGGAGGCCGUCUGCUUAUUCACAUCGGCCGAAACACACAGGAUGGCGUCGUCAGACGGAGACUCUCUGGAAAAUGCCAUUUCAGCACAGGAUUUACACAAAUGCAUCCUCACCAGCACACCUACCAUCCUUUCCUCCGAAGUCCAGGGCACUUCCACCUCUUCAGAUAUAUCAGUGGAUGUGCAUUCUAAGGAAAACCCUCAAGAAAUGAGUGAUCUGGAGAUACUGGCAGCUGGACUCAUUACUGAGGUCCUCUCUGCAGCCACACAAGAAGUUCUCGGGACCAGCAGCUGUGAUGUUGCAGCAAACACUAAACCCUCUAACAUGAGUGUUAUUCUGGCCGAUGACACUCAAUCCUCACAACUUGAUCCAAUGAUGGAAGACUUUCCUGCUGAUGCUCCCUCACAGGAAAACCAUGAGCAUACAGAAGCUGCAGAGAAGGAAGUCCAAGCAGUGCCAAAAGGUUUCUCAGUGACUCCAGAGUGGGGAAAUGUCGAAGCAAGGAUUCUGAAAACCAACAGCGCACAGAAUGCAGCCUGGCCAACACUACCACACCAAAGGGAAACGCUACUUAAUAGAUGUGAUGAUGCUGCAGUGCUGAAUGAAGACUCGGCUUGCAGCACAUACCACUCUGAGGAAGGGAACAGCAGCGAGGACCUGCAGAGCAGCAUGCUGGGGAAUCCAGCAGGUGUUUUAAAGAUUACAGACUCAUCAGUAAAUGAAACUGCACCGCCUCAAUCUGAAGCUGGGAGCACCACAGAGGAAGCUGGAGGAAAUUCUGAUGCUGUGUGUGGCAUAAAGAAAGUUAACGGGGACGACCUGAGGAACGGAGCUCAUGGGACAUGCGAGUUGGACACAGAUCAGUCUGGAGGUUCUGAUGUGAACAGCAUGGACUCUGUGGACAGCGGCUGCACUAUGAGUAUUUGUGAGAACCAGGGCAACAACUCUACAUCAUCUACCUCAGAACUCGUCAUCUGGGAGAUCGAGGUCCCAAAGCAUCUUGUUGGACGAUUGAUUGGGAAACAAGGGAGAUAUGUCAGUUUCCUGAAGCAGAACUCUGGUGCAAAAAUCUACAUUUCCACUUUGCCUUACACACAAGAUUUCCAAAUCUGCCACAUUGAAGGUUUGCAGCAACAGGUUGAUAAGGCACUGUCAUUUAUUGGGAAGAAAUUUAAAGAUCUAGACUUGACAAAUCUAUACGCACCUCCACUCGCGUUGCCAUCACUUCCCAUAACCUCUUGGCUCCUUCUGCCUAGUGGAGUGACGGUUGAAGUGAUUGUGGUCAACAUUGUGUCAGCUGGCCACAUCUUUGUCCAGCAGCACACCCAUCCCACCUACCAUGCUUUGCGGAGUCUCGACCAGCAGAUGUUCCUUUGCUAUUCCCAGCCGGGAACUCCAGCUCUGCCCUUACACUCUGAAGUGGGUGUUAUCUGUGCAGCCCCAGCAGUGGACGGAGCCUGGUGGAGAGCUCAGGUCAUCAGCUUCUAUAAGGAAACUGAUGAGGUGGAGAUUAGGUAUGUCGACUACGGGGGUUAUGACAAAGUGAAGAUCGAUUCACUCCGACAAAUCAGAUCGGAUUUUGUGACACUACCCUUUCAAGGUACAGAAGUACUGCUCGACAACGUUGCUCCACUUCCAGGGGAGGAUUGUUUCUCGACGGAUGCUACGACCACAUUGGAAGAAAUGACCCGAGGUGUCGCCUUGCUAUUACAGGUCUCACACUACGACAACAACACUGGCCUCCAAUUUGUCCACCUGUGGAACCUUGUUGGAGAAGAGGUCAUUUCAGUGAACCGCACUCUGGCAGAGAGAGGUCUGACAGUUUGGGUGGAUGGAUUCUGAAUUCACUGAUUACCAUAGAGGCUAACAAACUCACCCACAGAAAAACUGAAGGAAACUGAAGUUCCUUGUGGUCAGCAGAAGCUGACCCAGCUCAUCCUAGGGAUCCCAACUGUUCCAGGCACGUGACUGAAAAGAUUGGUGUUGGGUUUUUUUGGUUUUUUUUUUUUUUUUUUUUUUGUGUGUCUGUUUGCGUUUUGUUGCCCCAUUCUCUUUUCUCAAAUCGGCUCUUCAACUCUUCAAUUCAACUGACAGCAGAGACUUUAUUCUCAGACAUAGUCGACAGGGAAACAGCAGCUCUCUUAACACAGACUUCUGUCCUGGAAAUACAUAAAGAACAAAUGUACAUGUAAUCUUUUUUUUUUAAACAGUGAAUGUAAUGUAACAAUAAAGGCUCAAAUUAUAUAUCACCUCCCAUUCUGCCCUAAACCACCUAGCUCCACAGACUGUGGCUCGUUAUGCCGCAUAUGAGGACAGACGCAUGCGACUGUAUUUUUAAUUUUUUGGUAGGUCAGUUUAUUUUCUGUUGGACUGUGUGGUGGGGAUGUUGGGUGACAGAUGAGGCAGCUUUAGAUGGACCAUUCCUGUCUCAAAGUGAGACAGGAGGGUAACUUUCCUCUGCUCUUUCUAUUCCCACAUCUGGACUGCAUGUUCUUAGAGGAUCCCAUGAUUCCUGAUUUAAAGAAAAAAAAAGCACUCCCAACUGGUUAAUGAAAGAUGGGUUGAUUAAAAUCUCACUUAUAGAAGAUUCAUUUUGCUGACCUCUUUUCAGGAGGUGUACCAUUGCCAUCAUGUGAACUACAGCAGGUUGUAUUUGUCUGACAAACAUACACAUUGACUUUAUUUUAUAGUAUCUUCCAAUUUCAAGACCCUCCCCAACAUCCUACAGGUACAGAAGUUUUAAAUGUGUGAACAGCAAGUCUUCUGUUUGCUUUCAUCUUAACCAUUGUGAAAGUUGGAAAGGACUUCUGCUGCUGUGGCCCAGAAGUUGAAAUCAAAUUCAUGUCCUUUGAGUUAACUGUAAAUCUAAAUAAUUACAAUUGUGUGGUUGAGCAGAGAUCUUUUUUUUAUUUUUUUCUAGAUGGGAGGUUUGUUGUUCCACAAAUCCUUGAGGUUUGUGGAGCAGUUUGAAGAACACAUGGUAUAUUAGAGAAACACUACAAUGUUUUUUGUUGUUUUUUUUUUAUGCUGCUGUGUAAUUUGGAGCUGCCGUCACGUUUCACUAAAUUCAGUUUGUUGUAAUGAUGUCAAACCAUUCAAUAACUCAUGUACUCGGUGAGCAAUCAUUUCCAUAUUGAGGUCUGUCAUUAGAAUCUGAAUAUCAGAGCAGGUAAGAUGCAGUUUUGCUGGCUGUGGCAUUCAGGUCUGAUGCUCAACUGUCACCCAAAAUGAAUAUUGCAUCAUAAAAAUCAGUUUGUUGGAAAGUUAUGUGAACUUAUACAAACGUUAGAUUUAGAUGUUUGUUGUGACACCAGUUGAAAAAAAUAUCUUAAGACAGGAAAUGUAGUCAGUUACCAGAUUUCCGUUUGAUAUUCAGAAGAAGCCAUAUUUCACAGAAUUCUUCCUGUUGUAUCAUUCCAGCUGGUGAUGUGGCAUUAGGUCUGUUACCGCAGAGUUAACCUGCUCUUGAUCGCUGACAAAAUCAAAAAGGCAGUUUAGGCAGCCGAGUAGAAUGCGAUAAGUGCAGCGUAAAGUUCCAAAGAGGAGAGUUUAUUAGGACUCACUGAAAUAUUUCAAUUUGCAGAGGAGAAAAACUCCCAGUUUGGAUUGUGGCACAGAUCCAGCCUCUGUGACAGACACUAAUGUGUAUGAACUUACCUGACAAACAUCAAACUAAACAGGAAAAUGUAAUUGCUGUAUUAUUGAAGCCAGGAAGAACCACUACUCUGUCACUUUAACAAAACAACUGUCAACAUAUUCUUCCCAGUGAAACUUCUUUUCUCAGAUAAGCACUUACAGUAGUAAAUUAUUUAGUAUACAUGGUGUCGGUGUGCUUUAUUUUUAAUACAAUCACGUUAAAAGAAUUGAAACUGAUUUCCUGCCUUUUUGUUUUUACCCAAGAAAGGCCGAAUGGGUUUCGUCAUAGACUUGUUUUUCCAACUGACAUGUAAAAGCUAAUUCUAAUACAAUUCUCAUACUUAAUUGUUUUUGUUUUUUAUACCUAUUAAUAACCUUAAGCUUGCCCAAGUAAAAUUUAAGGAGAAAGAAAAUCCAGCCAUUGGAUCAGGUUAGACAUGCACCCCCUGUUCAGGCUGUGUAUGUCUAACCUGGCUCCUCAUUCUGGGCUCCAUUCAGUCACAACAUUUCUCAGUUGCUUGUGUUUUUGUCCCAUAAUGUCUGAAAUUACCAGUUGAGUAGUUAAGUCAAUAGCCCUUAAGACAUUAAUUUGAGUUUUGUCCAUUUCUCUGUAAAUAAGAUUUGUAAUUAGUUUUCUGCGACACUGGAAAUUUAAGUGUGUGUGUGAGCGUGCGCGCGCGGUGGGGCGCAAUGCGUUUGAGUCAUUCUGUCCUUCCCUCAUUCACCAUUUUCAAAGAGUGGAUUCCACAACAAGCUCCGAUUUGAACAUUUAAGUGGGUGUCAAACAGCUGUACCUGAAAGCAUUUAGAUAACAUGUACAUAUCUGACCUUGUUAGAUACGCUUUAAUUUAAUUGUACAGUUAUAAAAGGGAAAAAUAAAGAUAUGAAGAGUUUAA